AUGGACGUAUUCUUGAAAUAUGGCCGUCUACCAUUGAAGUAUCAAUGCACGAGCGAGUCAACAACUGUUGAAGUUCCAAAUACUAUUCUUGGAGUAUAUUGUAUUGCGUUUGGUGCGGUAUUUAUUGUUGAUUCAUCUUGGCUUGUUGCUACCAACAACUUAUUCACCGUAACCUCAACGUUUGCCCUAUAUUUUGUAUUUUUCAUAUCAUUUCUAUACAAAUAUCAUUCCAACAAUUCAUAUCGUAUCUCGUCGUAUGAGAAGCAGAUAUUUCUUCAAAGCAGUGCUAUUUGUGGAAUUAAUCUUUCAUUAGCUCUUAUUUAUGUCUAUAUGAUGUAUUUCCCAGUGACAAUAGCUACGACAAUUGCUGGACUUUUUCUUUGGCAACUUUCCAGCGCUGGUGCAGUUGUUGUUUACAUUGGUGUAAACAAAACUGUUCGUAGAAAAGUUCUUCGGAUGAUUCCAAGGCGAAAGAAGGCCACAACGGUAUCAGUGUAUUACAGAAUAAUUGAAUGUCUUGUUGAUGAUAAGAAAACUGGUCCUUUACGUGCAACUCCAAUGCAAGUACAGUAUCAGUAA